AUGUGUAAAGUUAUUGCCAAGACAGUGGUAUGUCCAUCAUGCACAGACUUUGUGAUCACUGAACUUGAACAGCAGUUCUGCGACGAACGUGUGUAUCUACCACCACAGGACCGAUGCCACUGCGACAAGGCCAUGAUCGAGGAUGACCUAAGCCGCAAACCCGUCGCCUGGGAAGAUAGAGAUGUCUGCAUCUGGUCUUACUCCCACUGCCGCCAUUCCCAAGCCAUUCUAUUUGGCAGUUUCGAAGUCGUUUUCAAUAUGGUUCCCUUCCAAGUAUGGGCGGACUACUGUGCGUCGAUUGGGUGGACAGCUACGAACGCAGGCAACCUGGCAGAGGUACUACAAACACCGCCGUCAUCUACGGGUGACACGACCGACUCGGAUGACUACGUUCUUAUGAAUCCCACUUUUAACUCAGAUUGCCACCCCUAGUUCUGUAAGUAUGAUAUUUAUGGGAUUGGAACUAACUUGUACUUUACUUUAGAUAUAUGGCAG